AGUUCUGUCGAGUUGAUCUGUUGACGUAUACAAAACACGCAAAACACGUUGUUUACAGUUUUCACGAUUUUCACGGAUAUUGGAGCGUUUCGAAUUUAGGGCGGCCUGGAAUUUGAGGUAAUCAAGAGUGCCAGUCAUGCCAGUGCUUGAGGAAGCAAUUACCAACAUUCGCUCUGCCAUUGAAGCUGGGCGCACUGAUAUUCUUCGAGCCUUGAUUGAGGCAUGUGAAGAGUGCGAGCAGGCGGACACGGAGCACGUGACGAAGCGGCGCGUGCUCUCGGGCCUGUGGACGGCCGACGGCACGCUGCUGCACCUGGCCACGCGGCUGGGUCGGCCGGACGUGGUGCGCGCGCUACUGUACGCCGGUGCCGAUCCGGGUCUGCAGAACGCCGACGGCGACACGCCCGUCCAUCUGAGCGCCUCCGACACCAUGCGCAGUGUCUACACUGACGAGCUGUUCAAGGCCACCGCGCAGUCCAACGAGGGCCGCGUGUGUCAGCUGCUGGCGGCCGGCCUGGCGGUCAACACGUGGGACAGCCCGCUCAGUCGCAACACUCCCCUGCACUGGGCGGCCAACUUCGCCAGCCGCGACAUGGUCUCCUGUCUGACAGACCGGGGCGCGCACGUGAACGCCGUGAAUGCGGACGGCGCCACGCCGCUGCACGAUGCCGUGCGCCGGGGUCAGCUGGACGUCAUUGAGGAACUGCUGCAGAGCGGCGGCAACCCGCUGGCCAGGGCCACAGAGGGGAAGUUUGCGCAGCGCUCUCCGACAGAUCUGGCCGCCGACCACCCGGAGGUCCUGGCCCUGCUCACCCGGUACAGGGUCACGGCAGAGAGCUCCCGCGGUCAGGGCGACGGAGCACCGGGCGGAGCCGAGCGAAAGGUAUCUCAGAGCGAGCGGCACUCGUCGGCGCCCAUGUCUCCCACGUCCACCCACUCGGGUCCGCCGGAGCGGGAGCGGGCGGCGCGGCUGGACAGCGUCGGAUCGCUGACCUCUCUGCUGAGCGACCUGACGGCGGCCGGCGCGGCGGCCGAGUCGCCGCCGGCGCCGAUCAGCCCCGCCGACACCGACCGGGAGACAGAGCUGUGCGGCAGCGGCCUGCUGCGGCCGGUCCGGCCGCUGGUGACCGACCAGCGUCUCCACCUGCUGUGGCCGCAGCCGCAGCGUCUCGAGCAGCUGGACGGACCGCCGUUCUGCCCCUCCGAGACCAUCACCGUGGCGCUGGCGCGGAGCUGCGGCGCCGAGCUGCACAGGAUCCUGGACACGUGGGACGUGUACCGGUCCGAGUUCUCCUCACUGGGCUACACGGUCCGGAUGGCCGGCGUGCAGAGCCGCUGUCCGGGCGGCCAGCUGGCCUCGGACGUACUCUGUACCGUGUCCGACCGGCUGGUGGCAGCGCCCGAGGGCUACAGCCUCACCGUCAGACAUAAACAGGUGCGGGUGUGCUGCGGGGACGUGUCGGGCUUGCGCGGCGCCAUCAGCAGCCUGCUGCAGCUGCUGCGGCUGUACGCCGGAGACGGCUGCCCGCAGCUUCUGAUCUCCGACCGGCCGCGGCUCGCCCACCGCGCCCUGCUGGUCGACCUCUCGCCGCACGGACGGGUGCCCAAACUGGACUCGCUCUGUCACCUGGUGGACACUCUGGCCUCACUCAAGAUGAACCAGCUGCACCUGUUCCAGCGGUUCGGCGCCGCCGGCACUCAGCUGCCCUACUCGGCCACUGAGCUGGUCUCCCUGGACCGGUACUGCUCGGACCGCGGCGUCUCAGUCGUACCCGCCCUGGAGGUACCCGCCGGCACACCAACCGAGGCGCUGCACGCGGCGCGAGCCGACAUGGACGCCUUCAUCGGCUGCUUCUCCAAUGUCAGACACGUGCACCUGGGGCCGCACCUGAGCGGCCUGCUGGCCGCGCCGGGCGGCGAGCAGCUGCUGUCGCUGCUGCCGCUGCCGGCCGGCGCGGCGCCGCUGCUCUGCGCCAACUCGGUGCGCGUCGCCACAGAGGCCGACUGCCUGCCCGGAGACGUGGUGCUCGUCGAGUACGGCUUCCAGGCGGACUACGACUUCAGCGCGCCGUGCCAGGCGGCGGCGGCGGCCGGCCUGCCGCUACUCAGCGCUGCCGGUACGGCCGCCUGGGGCUCACUGGCCGGCUGCCCGGAGGCGGCCGUACUGAACGCGGCCAACGCGGCGCGCGCCGCCGCCGAGCUGAUGGGCGCCGGUCUGGUGAUGGCCGACUGGCGGGCGGAGGGCGAGCUCGGACAGAGCGUCUUCUCACUGCCGGGACUGGUGGCUGCCGCCGGACUCGCCUGGAACCCCGACACUCCUGUGGAGUUUGUUCUGGGCGCACUGGCCGACCUGCUCAACUGGCACGUGCUCAGAGACCCGGAGGGAGUGCUGGGACGCGCUGUCGUCGAACUGGGACGAGCAGAGACCUUCUGUCUGCGAGCGGCGCGCGGCCAGCACGAGGGCGGCGUGUGCAGCCUGCCGCCGCCGGACGGUAGCACCCUGCAGCGGCUGCUGGUCGACCCCGACACCGUCUCCCUGGAACACAUCACACUGGAGGCCAUUAACAAAACGCUGAAGCGCGUGCGGCACACUCUGAACAGCGUGCCGUCGGCCCGGCCGGGCCACCCGGAGGGCGAUAAGCUGGUGCGGGAGGUGCACCUGACCGCCGAGCUGAUGGCUACCGCCGCGCGGAUCGGCCGAGCGCUCAUCUCUCUGGGCACCAACCCUCACAGCAACCUGGGCUACUCGGUCAUCAACUUGGGCGUGGCCAACCUGGCGCCCACCUUCUGUACCGACACCGCCAACAAACUGCUCAGUCUGGUGGAGCAGUACCGCCAGCUGUGGCUGGAGCGACACCAGCCGGCCGGCCUGCAGCGCUCCCUCCUCGUGCUCACGGGCCUUCUGCAGAAACUCAUACCGGAGACGGCGCGCGCCGACAGCCUCCAGUAGACCGGCAGAGACACCUGGCGGCGGCGGCGCACACUGCAACUGCCGGCGGCCGCCGCAGGAGGGGACUUUCAGCACCGAGAGGCUAGAGAAGCAGAUAUGCGGUCCCUCAGGACACAGAGGGCACCGUGCCGCAUCGUGUGAUUGUUACAUGCUUAAACGCCUGCUUAAGCACAACAUGCUUAAAUGCUUGCUUAAGCACAGCGCUGUUAUUUAUUUGAACGUGCCUGCUUUGCUGUUAAUGCAUUCCGGCUUUGCGCACAUUGCAGGCGUCGUGGUGUUGCUGCCAGUCGAAAUCGCUUUUUUUCUUAUGCCUGGCACAAAUCAGAUGGUUGUUGAAGCAUUUUCAGUAGCUUGUUCUGCCCAUCUAUUGUAGAGAAUCUGGCUUAAUAUCUGUGCAGAGGGCUCUUGGGUAUGUUGUAGCGCAAGUCACUAAACCCGCUAGCCAUGCUGCUGUUUGUUAUAUCGGCAAUAACGGCUGAUACUGAAAACAUAUCUAUCGGGAGGGGGCUACACACAGAGGCUAUGAGCGUUUACGGGACCACCAUCUAUGCAGAGAUAUUGUUUUGCUAGUUGCACCAGCACCGGCGGGUCUGAGGACCCUACUCGCGCAGCCCGCUGCCUCGGCAGAGUCCACGCUCGUUUUAGCCGUGGAGCGUGGCCGGGCGGCGGGCUGGGGCUGCCGACGGGCUACCGUUCCGUGUUAGAGCUCGGCGGGCGCCUGACGCGGCCCGCGCCCGGCGUCCUGUGUGAUACCCGGGGCCCCUAUGACACGAGUGUGAUAGCCCGGUGUCCCCGUGUUAGUGUGAUAGCCGAGGCACCGGUGUGACCAUUUGGAGGGAGCGUCGAUAGGCGUCUGUGUGUGUGAUAGCCGCCCCCGGGCCGCGGGCAAUUAACUGAGCAGCCGCCUGGCCCCGGGGCCGCGGGCAAUUAACUGAGCAGUGGUGGUGGAGCCCAGCAGUGGUUGGCAGGGUAUUUAUUAUCAGUUAUUUAGUUUUAAGUUCAGCAUUUCUGGUGACACUGCCGCUUCAUUCCUGUUUUCUCUGAAAAUCGGUUGUCACGCUCUCAAAUCUAACCUGUUCUAAUAGCUGCGAAUGGUAAACUUGACAUUGGUACUGUUGUUCAGAGAGAGAGCUCCAGUCGCCGUCACCGUUUGUUGGGAACCUGUCGAACCCAGUCACAGUAUUAUGAGGAUGUCGUUCCAGCACAGCGCUGCCCCCACUGGACAUUACCAGGCGCCGGCAUGGUACACCGCGCACUUGAUACUGUUCGUUUUCUACUUUCGUUACUUUUGUGUAUUUCCACUCGAUCUGCUUUUGGAGUGUGUUACUCCGUGCCUCUUUUUAAUACACCAGUAUCGUGA